AUGUCCCAAAAUAUUGUGGAUAAGUACGGCUACAAACUACUGUCUCCUAGCGAGUUGAUUCGGUCUAACUCCGUCAAGGGUGUUGAAUUUGCUGCACAGCGUCAAGAGGGUCACGAAGUUCCCCUCGCGGAAUGUGUGCACCUGCUAGAAAGCGAAAUCAUGAGCAAUAGAGGUUCUCUCAGAGGUUUCGUUAUAGAUGGCUAUCCGCAAAAUCAGAGUGAUGCUAAAAUUUUGGAGCAAAGCAUCGGAGUUCCCGAUUUGAUCAUUGCUUUGGAAAUUGGCCAGCAAACAGCGGAGACGCGUAGAUCGGUAGAUAGCACCACUCUCCCAUCAACAGUUAGUUCCUAUAUGAGAAAUGCUGAGCCGGUGUUAGCUCAAUAUUCGGAUAAAAUAAUGCAAAUUGAUGCGGAACGCAAUUCCAGCGACAUUUUCAAUGAUGUAGUGCCCAAUAUAGACGCAAUUGCUAAGAGUUAUGGCAAUCCUAUUGCAAUUUCACGUUCCUCACAUUAA